AUGGGUUUGAAAACCAAAAUUUCACCGGAAACCCAACAACUAAUCACCACUUUCCGGCAGCCGACAGGGCGGAGGGUACAUCUCCGACGGCCUAAAAUACAGACGGUGCGGCUAGGUGGACAAAAGGCGAGGAGGGGUCCAAUCUUGGUAAGGGUGUUGAGGAGGUUGAGGCUAAGGUGGUUGAAAUUGAGGUACAAUUGCAUGGUAAAGAAGAUUAAGGAAUAUUAUCAAGGAAUUAUCAAGGACAUGGUGCCCGCUGGAGCAAGUGUUGAGACAUUCCAUCAAAGAUUGUUUACGGAGUCCACUUUUGCUGUUCCUGUUAUGGGUGUCUCUUUCAAUAGCUUCUCUUCCAUGGGUACUUGUAAUCGCGCUCGCUCCAUUUUCAUUUAAAUUAAAUUAAAAGAUCUCUCUCCUUCACCUCCUUCUUGUACUAUUUUUUUUUGUUAGAUCUUCAUUUGGGUUUGUUC